CACGCCGGGAUCCGCAGUCCGGAGGCCAUCACCGCCAGCGCCCGGGGCCGUGUCCCGCGCAUUUGAAAAUUCCCGCGGAGGGUCGCUGCGGGUCUCGCGAGAAGUCGGCCCGUCCCCCCCCAUCCCGACCCGCCCCCCGCGCGGCGGGUGAGCGAGCGAGUGAAGAAUGCGAGACCUAACAGCUCAGGUAACGAGCAGUCUGCUGCAGUUUCCAGAGGUGACUGUUGAGGCACUUGGGGAAGAUGAGAUCACCCUAGACUCUGCACUGUGUGGGAAGUUUUCUGGAGUGAGAGCUGUCCUGGCGUGGCUGGCGUGCGGCCCCCAGCUGGAGGUGGUGAACUCGGUGAGCGGAGAGCGGCUCUCUGCGUAUCGCUUCAGCGGCGUGAACGAGCAGCCUCCCACCGUCCGCGUGGUGAAGGAGUUCUCUUGGCAGAAGAGGACUGGACUCCUGGUUGGGUUGGAGGAAACAGAGGGAAGCGUUCUCUGUCUGUACGACCUUGGGAUCUCAAGAGUGGUUAAAGCAGUUGUUCUUCCAGGAAGGGUGACUGCCAUCGAACCCAUCAGCAAUGACGGCGGAGCCAGCGUGAGCACGCGGCACCUGCAUCAGAGCCUGCGAUGGCUCUUUGGAGUGGCAGCAGUGGCCACAGAUGUUGGCCAUGUCCUUCUGGUUGACCUUUGUUUGGAUGAUUUAUCUUGCAGUCAGAAUGAAGUAGAAGCAUCGGAUCUAGAAGUUGUGACUAGAAUUCCUGCUGAAGUUCCACAAAGAAGAGAAGCUGUGACCAGGGAAGGGAGGCAUCUCUGUUUUCAGUUACGAAGUCCUUCAGGAACAGCAGUGUCAACCCUGUGCUACAUAAGCAGAAGCAACCAGCUCGUUGUGGGAUUUUCGGAUGGCUACUUGUCACUAUGGAAUAUGAAGAGUUUGAAGAGGGAGCACCACUCCCAGCUUGAAGGAGGAAGAAUUCCUGUCUAUGCAGUUACUUUUCAAGAGCCUGAGAAUGAUCCCCGCAAUUGUUGCUACUUGUGGGCUGUUCAGUCUACACAACAAAGUGAAGGUGAUGUUGUGAGUUUACAUCUGUUGCAGUUAGCAUUUGGUGACAGGAAACGCCUGACAUCAGGACAAGUCAUGUAUGAGGGUUUGGAAUACUGUGAUGAAAGGUACAGUUUAGAUCUCAGUGGUGGAAUCUUUCCCUUGAGAGGGCAGACCAGCAAUACUAAAUUACUCAGCUGUCAGACCAUAGAAAAAUUUCGCAACCAUGCUGACAGAGAGGACGGCGUUAAUGAAGUAAUCUCUCCUGACACCAGUGUAUCAAUCUUCAGUUGGCAAGUAAAUACCUAUGGUCAGGGAAAACCAUCUACUUAUUUGGGAGUGUUUGACAUCAAUCGCUGGUAUCAUGCUCAAAUGCCAGACUCACUGAGAUCCAGUCUUCUGGCUGUGAACAGCCCUGAGAAGUUUGUCUUCAGUGACCUGUCUGUAAAUUCCAUGCCCGAGGUCCGCAUGCGGAAGCAUUCGGUCAGUGCUGGGCAUGUGCAUCAGGAAGUGCUAAACAGUUAUAAUGGUGUUCCGCUGUUUGACGGCUCCUGCAACUUCAUUGACCCACAGACAUUACAGUCCCUUCAGCACUGCCAGCUGCUGCUGAGCAACCUCAGCACAGUCCUGAACUGUUUCCUAACAGAAGCCCGAGAGCUGACUGAGAAAGGUUUUACAGACUUGACAAAUAAGCAGAUGGUAACCAGCCUCAUUUCUUUGUAUGCACAAGUGGUGAUCUGGUUUUGUCGGUCCAGUCUUCUUCCCGAGGGUUUAGAUGAUCACAUGCAUUUGUCCAGACCUUUCUACAAUUACCCUUUGAUUCAGAGCUACUAUACGGGUCACCGAGAGAAACUCGAGCGCUUAUCAAGAGGCAAAUGGGAUUCUGAUUGCUUGAUGAUUGAUGGAAUGGUUUCCCAGUUGGGAGAGGAAGUGGAGAAGUUGUGGCAGAGGGAUGAAGGCGGCACUGGGAAAUACCCACCUGUUAGUUUACAUGCACUGCUGGAUCUCUAUUUGCUAGAAAGCAUUGAUGAAAGCGACAAACAUGCAAUUACAAUUUACUUGCUGCUGGAUAUUAUGCAUUCCUUUCCAAAUAAAACAGAGACUUCUAUUGACUCCUUUCCAACUGCCUUUGCUAUCCCUUGGGGUCUUGUUAAGCUGAUUCAAGGGUUUUGGCUCCUAGAUCACAAUGAUUAUGAAAAUUCCCUGGCCCUGCUCUUCCAUCCAGCUACAAUCAAGACUGUGUCAUGGCAACACAUGAGGAUAAUUCAGUCCCUCAUGUGCCAGGGAGAGCACAGGCGAGCCCUCAGGUACCUGCAGAUGAUGAAGCCGUCGAUGUCCAGCAGCAGUGAAGUGCGGCUCUUCCUCACCGUGUUGUUGUCCAAUAGGUGCAUGGUGGAGGCUUGGGGUCUGUUGCAGCAGCACACCACGAAGUUAAACAUAGAAGAGCUGCUCAAGCACAUGUAUGAAAUCUGUCAGGAGAUGGGGCUGAUGGAGGAUUUGCUGAAGCUGCCCUUCACAGAAACAGAAAAAGAGUGUUUGGAGAAGUUUUUGCAGACCAAAUCUGGUGUUCAGAAUCAUGAAUUCCUCCUAAUCCACCAUCUGCAGCGUGCCAACUACAUCCCAGCACUCCAGCUGAAUCAGUCCAUGAAGGCCAAUCUGAUGAACGAUCGUGAUCCUCGCUUGAGGGAGAGAGCAGUUGCCAGAAAUUCUCUGUUAGACCAAUAUGGCAAGAUCCUUCCCACAGUUCAGAGGAAGCUGGCAGUAGAGAGAGCCAAGCCGUACCGUUUGCCUUCAUCGGUCCUAAGAGAAGUCCCAAGGCCAAAGCCAUUAUCAACAGCAACAAGGCAGGCUAAUGCAGGAAAUGUGCAUACGAGAGCAACUUUCAUCAGUAAAGUGUUGUCCAAAAUUGGAGAAGUAUGGUCAGGAAAUGAGCAGAAAACAAAUAUCUCUCAGUAUGAUAGUCCUAGAACUACAGAGCCUGUAGUCAGUACACAUCCUCUCCGUGGUGCAGAGUGGCCUGAUGCAUUUCUUGGGACACCUAUUACAAAACUUUCUCAAAAGUGUUCAAGGUUGCUGGAUUUGGUGGUUCGUCCUGUUCCUUCCCGCUCUGUGGCACCGGAUGAGAGCUGGCAGUCCCCGUGCAGAGCUUCUACGUCUUUUGUGGCAUCCAGCCCCCUGAGAUCAAAUAGACAUCGCUCCAGCUCCCAAAACAAUCUGCCAAGAGCAUCAGAGUUGAAUUUAUUGGAAACUCCUCGUGUGGUCAAGAGAGCUAAAGUUUUGGCCACAUCUUCCGGUUUUCCUGGGUUUACUCCUCAGUCUAUUCUCAGGUCCAGCCUUCGCACUACACCCCUAGCAACUCCCUCUGCAUCCCCAGGACGAUCAGUUACUCCUCCUCUACGAGCAAAGGAACCUAGAAUUUCUUUCAGGGAAGAGAGCUCACAAGCAAAGUGGACAGUUGGGGUGACAGAAGACAAUAAGGCACUAUUUGGAGCUUCAUCUGAGCAUCAUCAUGGCUUGGUAGAGGAUGCUUGGUCUGAAAGUAGAGCGAAACCAACUCUGUUUACUCUGAGCGAUCUUGGGGAUGGUCAUGCUGAAUUGCAGGAAUCUUCGGAAAGCAUACCUGCAGAUGAUUUGGAGAAAAUGGAUGUCAGCAAGGAAAAUAGUAACUUCUCUGUCAGAUCAGACCAGACUACUUUGGAGUAUCAUGAUGCAAAAUCACCUCGUGAUUUUGAAGAUGAUGUCAUCUUUAUAGCUGCUAAACCAGCUAAUUCUUCCACUGAAGAAACUGUUGACGUUCAGGAAUUGGAGAAGGAGGAAGAAAGUGAAAUGGUUGAAGAUAAACCUUUCCAGAUGAAACAACCAGAUCCUUCAGGACAAAGAAAAGAAGCAGGAUUUGUGGAAGAAUCAAAUGCUGGAUAUCAUACCCUUCCUGAGUAUAAGUCGGUGUUUAAAGCUGCUGAGGCUGCAACUUCUGGGACUGGAAAUGAAGGUGAAAAAACCUACCAGGAGUCUGAAAUGACCUCUUCAUCAGAAGAAAAAGCCAUACUGGUUGCAACAAAUCAACAGCUUGCUGAAUCCCCGGAGGCAGACAGUGAAUCUGUGAUAAGUAUCCUUGACAGUGAGGAUAUGGUCAGUACUCCGUCUCAAAAUCGCCUUGAGGGCAAGCGUGUGGAUUUACCUGAAGAGUGUAACCCUGAAGCAGCUGAAGCUGAAGAAGUCCCUGUUUCUAACAAUCCUCCAAAAACUGAGGAAAUUAAUGUUAUAGAAGAUACUUCAGAACCAGCACCUGAAACAUCACCAUAUAAUGAGCUAGAUCCAUCAAGAGUUCUUCAUUAUAGCUAUGAAAAUAUAGAGCAACAGUUUGCAUGUGAUUUGCCUGAUAAUAAAGAUAGUGAAUGUGAUGCAGCUGAGGGAGAUGGAGACCUUUUUCUCUCUCAGAAUAAUUUUACCUUAGUUUUGGAAGGAGAAGAAGGGGAAGCAGAGAUGGGAGACCCUACAUCAAUAGAUGCUUCUAAACCAGAUGACACAACAACAGAAGAAAAGCCUCUGACCAAUUUAGGGAAUACUGAAAACCAGGAACAUGUUACAAAUUCAGUGUCGACUGUAACUGGCGAUCAGGAAUCUCAAAAUAUUGCAGAGUCACUCCCGUAUGUGCCUGAACCUAUUAAGGUUGCCAUUGCUGAGAACUUACUGGAUGUAAUCAAGGACACGAGAAGUAAAGAAUUUACAUCUGAAGUUGUAGAGCAAUCAAUUCAUGAAACCAUAGGUAAAAAGGUAACUAGAUUCCAGAAGGUAAAGGCUCCCUUAACACCUGUGUUAGAAGCAGUGGGAGAGGAAACCAGCAGGCAUCAUUAUGGCACUGCUCCAAGAACCCGCACAAGGGGACAGCUGGGUAGAAGUCUGAGUGUUCUGUCAGCAGGCACUCAGCAGCUGCUGAAGACUGACAGCCCUGCUCUGCUCGGACUGUCUCCUCGGAGAAGUACCAGGCGAACAAAAGAAGCAUCUGAGACUCCCAGGCUCCAAACAGAGGAAAAUGCUCAAGAGGAGAAAAUACCUGUGACACCUGUUACUCCUAGGAGAGGUAGGAAACCUAAACUGUCUAAUUUAGAAAAAACAGAAAGCAGCCAUUCUGAUGGACAGACCUUGUCUGACAGUACACAGCCUGUUACUCCCAGAAGAGGGUUAAGGAGAGCAAAGGAAGCUGCAUCUGAACUCCAAGAAGAGGCUAAUGAGCAACCGCCUCUUGCUGAAGGCAGCAUUAUUGCUUCUUCUGAUUCCAGAAGGACUAAAGGAGGAAAAAGUUCAGUUGGAAAUCCAGAAACUGGCAAGACUGACACUGAUCAUAAAGUAAAACCAGCAGUCAGUCCCAGCAGAAGUGCAAGAAAAUUGAAAAGCUUUAAUUUACAGUUUACUGAAGAUACUGUAAAGGAUCAACAGGUGCAGCUUAGUGACCAACUCCUUUUACCUGUGCCAAGUAAAAGAGGCAGAAGAAGAAAGAUUAGCUCAUCAGAAGUUUCAGAAAAUUCUGAUCUUGAUGUGUCUAAAUCAUCGCUUCCUCAAACAGAAUUUAAACUUCCUGUCACGCCUAGAAGAAGUGCUAGGAAGGCAGCACAAAACCUCUUGGCAGACCCAGAGUCUACCUCUUCUCAGGAAGACACACAUUCAGGUGUGAAAGUAGAAGCCCUUGGUACUCCUAAGAGAAAAACUAGGAGAGUGCCACAGGAGAACCCAGAAAAAGAGGAUACUCAUGAACAAGCUCCUGCAGAGCCAAAUGAGGAACCAGCCACGCCCAGGACUGUGGUGAGGACAGGGCGUCGGGGCAGGAAGAGGAGAUCAAUGUCUGAGGAGACCUCCCAAGGACCUGGUGGCAGUCCUUUGCUGCUUGAAGACAUAAACCCCUCAGGACCUGAUCAGACAUCAAGAGCUCUGACAGAUCGUGUUACAAGAACCAGAUCCCGCAGGACUGCCAUCCAGCAGAAACUGUCUGUUGAGGAAAAUGAGGCUUUCCUUUUCUCUCCUCCUCUCACAAAGCUCACAAAGAAAUUUGAAGCUGGAAAAACAGACCAUCCUGUGAAGUUUCAGGAUUUAGACCCGGAUUUGUCUUCUCAAUUUGUCUUUUCACCUCCUCUUUUGAGGUCAAGGAGAAAAAAUGUAGCUAGCAUUUCCCGAAUUGUGAAAGAAGCAGAGCUUCCAGCUAAAGAAGAAGAGGAUACCAAAUCCAUAGAGUCCGGAGGAAAGGAAAAAUUGAAGAGAGGUAGAACUCCAAAAUCAAAAAUUAAGAAAGCAAGCAAAACCACAAAAGAUUCUUGGUCACCUCCACCAGUCGAAAUAAAAUUCAUCUCUCCUUUUGGAAGUCCAGUGGAUGGAACAAAAACUAAAGAGAAAGAAACUACAGAUGCAGCAGGGAAGACCCUAAGAAAGAACAAAAAAAGACUGUCUAAUUUUCCAAAGCCAGUUGUGCGCCGGAAGAUGCUGUAACUGUUUUUUUAAGUUUAUAAUGUACACCACUGUUUGUAAAGUCAUCAAAAUUGUGUGAAUUAGUAAGAAGAAAAAUCAUCUAAUUUGGAAGAGAUAAUUUAUAUAAAUUAUUGUAAAAUUUCAUUUAAAAUGGUCUUCAGUAAGUAACUCCAUAUGGAGUGUGAUUUCCUCAGUCAAUGCAGUUUUCUAUUUUAUAUUAAGACUUCAUACAUUUAUAUAAUAUGUAAAUACAGCUUAUUUUAGGAAUGUUAAAUAAAAAUGUAUACUUCACAAUG